AUGGGUGUACACAUUGAGGUGGUCUCCCAACUUUUGGCGCUUGUACGCGCCGACCCGCGCGACGAACGCGCCGAGCAGCGGGACGUCCGCGCCGAUCAACGCAACUACCGCGCCUACCACUUCGCCCGUCAAUUCCGCUUCCGAGGGCAUUCCGCCCGUCAAUCCCGCUCCCGAGGGCAUUUCGACCCUCAAUCCCGCUCCCAAGGGUAUUCCGCCCGUCAAUCCCGCUCCCGAGGGCAUUUCGCCCGUCAGCUCAUUCAUUCGCAUCGUCACCACGCUUCCGCCCCCCUUCUAAGGGCCAUCCAACCCACCUCCCCUCGCUUCCUCCUCCUUCGGGCCAUCCAGCCUUCCUCCCCCUUCCCCCUCGCUUCCUCCUCCUUCGGGCCAUCCAGCCCUCCUCCCCCUUCCCCCUCGCUUCCUCCUCCUUCGGGCCAUCCAGCCCUCCUCCCCCUUCCCCUUCGCUUCCUCCUCCUUCGGGCCAUCCAGCCCUCCUCCCCCUUCCCCCUCGCUUCCUCCUCCUUCGGGCCAUCCAGCCCUCCUCCCCCUUCCCCCUCGCUUCCUCCUCCUUCGGGCCAUCCAGCCCUCCUCCCCCUUCCCCCUCGCUUCCUCCUCCUUCGGGCCAUCCAGCCCUCCUCCCCCUUCCCCCUCGCUUCCUCCUCCUUCGGGCCAUCCAGCCCUCCUCCCCUUCCCCCUCGCUUCCUCCUCCUUCAGGCCAUCCAGCCCUCCUCCCCCUUCCCCCUCGCUUCCUCCUCCUUCGGGCCAUCCAGCCCUCCUCCCCCUUCCCCCCUCGCUACCUCCUCCUUCGGGCCAUCCAGCCCUCCUCCCCCUUCCCCCCUCGCUUCCUCCUCCUUCGGGCCAUCCAGCCUUCCUCCCCCUUCCCCCUCGCUUCCUCCUCCUUCGGGCCAUCCAGCCCUCCUCCCCCUUCCCCCUCGCUUCCUCCUCCUUCGGGCCAUCCAGCCCUCCUCCCCCUUCCCCCUCGCUUCCUCCUCCUUCGGGCCAUCCAGCCCUCCUCCCCCUUCCCCCUCGCUUCCUCCUCCUACGGGCCUCCCAGCCCUCCUCCCUUCGCCGCCGCAGCUCUCCCGCUGCCGCCGCCGUUCCCUUCGCCGCCGCAGCUCUCCCGCUGCCGCCGCCGUUCCCUUCGCCGCCGCAGCUCUCCCGCUGCCGCCGCCGUUCCCUUCGCCGCCGCAGCUCUCCCGCUGCCGCCGCCGUUCCCUUCGCCGCCGCAGCUCUCCCGCUGCCGCCGCCGUUCCCUUGCCGCCGCAGCUCUCCCGCUGCCGCCGCCGUUCCCUUCGCCGCCGCAGCUCUCCCGCUGCCGCCGCCGUUCCCUUCGCCACCGCAGCUCUCCCGCUGCCGCCGCCGUUCCCUUCGCCGCCGCAGCUCUCCCGCUGCCGCCGCCGUUCCCUUCGCCGCCGCGGCUCUCCCGCAGCCAUCUCGUGGCCAUUUCACCGCCCUGCCAUCUCGUGGUCGCCAACGCUUCCUACCCCACCUCGUAGUGGCCUGCUCUGCCACCUCCCGCUGCCGCCGCCGUCUCCCUUCGCCACCUGCAGCAGCCCCCCCUCCCUGCUGGUGUGCGACCUCACCGCCACAGCACGUUCGGCUGGCUUGCUUCCUCACCUGCAGCAGCCCCCCCCUCCCUGCUGGUGUGCGACCUCACCGCCACAGCACCUUCGGCUGGCUUGCUUCCUCACCUGCAGCAGGCCCCCCUCCCUGCUGGUGUGCGACCUCACCGCCGCAACACCUUCGGCUGGCUUGCUUCCUCACCUGCAGCAGCCCCCCCCUCCCUGCUGGUGUGCGCCCUCACCGUCACAGCACCUUCAGCUGGCAUGCCGCGUCAUUCGCCGCAUCUAUUACCGGGUCCUCGCUUCAGGGGUUGUUUGGUCUAGCCAUUCUCAUGCUAAGGGGUUGUGUUAG